AGAGUUGAUUGAUCACGAGCUGGGAAUGGAAUCGUUUGAGGUGACGGGAGAUUUUGAUGGAUCAGUUUCCAUGAUAUGCCCUUCAGCCGAAGGAAAUCGCUCCAUGGCCGAAGACCUUCCUGUAAUCAAUUUCAUUCUGAAUGACAUGGAAUGCUACUCAUCCGUAGAAAUCACAGUGGUCACAAUUAAUACUGCAUCCAUUGAGAGUGGAGAAUAUGAAACAAAAGUUCGGAAAAUUAUAGCAAGAAAUUUUAGGUCUCGUACUGUAAUUACGGACAACCUUUUGAAAGUGCAUUUUAAGCUCAGAUCUUCUUGGAACAACGCGUAUUUGAACCUGGAAGAACUAGUUCGAGAUGCAUGGGGAGAUAAUUACUUGGUGACCAAGAUGGUGAAAAUAAAUGCAAACACUCGAGUUCGACGAGUUUACUUCAGCGAUCAAGUGUAUGGCGUUGAAGAUCUGCCCAAGGAAUUUGUCGUAGAUAAUAAUCCGUUCAUCACGACUGCAGAAUUCUUUACUCCAUCACAGCAAUACCCACCAGAUCGUAAACCAAAGUUAAGAAGGCUGUAUAAAAACUUACGCGAGAUUGACCAUCAAGUCCUGACACAAGCAGAGUAUGCAAAAAUGAUGAAGUUGCAACUUGCAUCACCGUCGGAGAUCCUAAAAAAUAAUUCAGAUCGCCAGCACGAGCAUAUUCGAGGUUUAUUACUGUCGUUAACUUCCAAGGAUGGUGAUGCUCCAGGUUCCACAGUUAAUAAGGCAAUAAGGUCUGUCGGAAUGACAGGAGAACAACUUCCUGUUAAAAGCACGGCAAACUCCAGCAUUGAUCUCCUGCCAGGAAAUUUGGACGAGGUUGGAAAGGUUGACUUUUGUAAACGAGUGUGGAACGAAAAUCAAGAGCCCUCCUCGUCUGGAGGUGUUGAGUGGGAUUUGAUUGAGAAUUUUGACUUGAAGCCGCAAACAUUGGCACAAAUCCAUCGUCAACGUCGCGGAGAAGGUUUCUAUGAUGUGUACAACGCUAGAAUGCUAAAAUCAGGGGAUGACGAGUUUGAGGAAUUAGAUGCCAUAAAUGUCACUCCUCUGCACAAUCAGCAAGACUUGAGUCAGAAGUUUCGAGAGCUUUUAGGAGACAGAUCUCUGGAGACGUAUAUGAAACCAAAACCCAUUAUGAGAAACUCAUUUGCAGACCCUGAUGCGGAUUUGGACUAUUUCAAAGAUAAAGGGCCAGACUCGUCGGAUGGGGACAUUUGUAAAAAUGUUGGCCAAGCAGCACACAAAUGUGGUGGAAAUGAGGGCGGCGAAGACGACGGGUCGGACUCUGGAGAAAGUAUGUGUUCGGAGGAUACGUGGUUGCUUACUUGGACUUUUGACGGAAUGGAUGCCUGUCGAAUGAAGGAGGGAGACUUAUUUGAUUCUGAAAAUAUUCCACAUUCAUCUUUAUGCCAUUCUCACAAGGCUGCGUUGCAUCCUAAUAUAACACCUCACCGAACGUUCGAAAAUGAAAAUUUGAAGAGUUAAAUAGCUUAACAUUUGCACCAUCACUUUUGU